AUGUCGUCUCUUUUCUCAAAGCGUCUGACAUGCUUUUAUUGUGGGCAGCGGCCUACUCAGGUUAAUCGACCUAUUCGCGGACCUGUUCGCAAUUUCCACUGCGAGCAUUGUGAGGCUGACAAUUUCUUUGACGAGAAAGGAGAGAUCACCGAUCCCCCAGCUGUGGUCACAAAUGCCGAACCUCAUUCACCCGGCGCAUCAAGCCCAUCCGGAACAACCGAUUUGAACGAACCUCCAUUAUUCUGCGCCAAGUGCACUCGCAAUCAGCAUCUGUUCACUAGCUCCCUUGCCUCAUAUUUCCCUCCCUCGGACGAUCCUACGGACAGCGAGUAUGACCGUGGGUAUGACCAGUUCCGUCGCAGCCUAGAGGACCGUUACCCUCAAGUUUGCGAAAUUUGCGAGCCACGGGUGAAAUCACGGAUCCGUAAAGCUGGAUAUGAAGCGAAAUCAGAUCACUUGCGACGCAUGAUGGACCAGAGCAGGAUGAAUCGGGAAUCGCGACAGGCUAGGAACCGGAGCUGGAGGAGCUUGUUGCUUGUUUUCGGUGCAUGUGCAUACUGGACGAGUAUCGCUGGCCAGAUUUCGUGGGACUUGCUUGCUGCAAUCACGGUUCCUUCAUCGGGAGAGGGGAUGGAGGAAGAUGAACCCAAUACAAUGCUAUCCUGUGUUUCUCGGUCGUUUCAUAUGUGGCGAGUUCCAGGUGAUUGCUGCCCAGACCUAGCACCCACUGCUGGCCUGGCGCUGGUAGCAGGUGCCCUUUCCCUUUGGUGGAAUCCGAAGCUGCGCUUCAAGAUCGAUGGACAACCUGGCAAAUUCGGUGGCCUUGCGGAGUAUUACCAAGCUCAGCUUAUCGUCAUGGUAGUGAGAUGUGUAUUCUGGGCUGUGCUCAAGGACCCUUCUGCCAGUGGAUUGGACCCAAACCUUCCUCGGGCUUUGCAUGCACUGAUGGCUCCGUUCACGAUUCUGUCUGUGUUGGUCUCAAGAUAUCUUGUGAGCUACUCCAGUCGCCCACUGGUCAACUGGUCAGACAACAGCUGGGAAACCCGUCUCGAGGGCGCCAAGGCGUCUUCUCCGGCUCAGGCUGAGUCGCCUGCGGCGACUCGCAUCCACAGGUCCGGUGGCACUCCAAAGGCCAAUGACACUGGAUUCAAUCCGCGGUUUCCAAUUGACAAACUGGCUACAAGCAGGCCACCAGUUGAACAAUCGGUUGCAGUUGCUCAAAUCCAGGACGAAAGUGACACCAUGGACUGGUCUCCCUCUGUCACUCACGAUCUUCGACCAACUAGAACACAACGAAACGAACCUUCUGUGCUGAGUGGUCCGCAUCCUUUCCAGGGUCAUGUUCCAGCUGCCCCUACACCUCCUGCAUGGAAACUUCGCAAUCAGAUUCCGUCAAAAUCCAUUGACCGAGUGAUCCAGCCAAAUCCCUUCCACCGCACCCCUACCCCGACAUCAGGCCAGUCGCAACAAAAGCCCCGGGAUGCUGAUACGGUCUUCAAUCAGCCCAAAUUUUUCGCACCCGGUGACCUUGACACAUCCACUGGACUCGAGACAUUGUUCGAUCGUGCCUUUAACUUCCAGCCCGACGGUGCUCAAAGACCUGGAUGGGACCAGAACACAUACAAACAAGGUUCACCACGUCUGAUUGAGACACAGAGCUAUCUCUUUUGGGGUUGUCUGCGACUGGGACUGCUAGUUGGAUUUACUAGUGCUUGGACUUUCUCGCAAAACCACCAAGUACUGCUCCCAGGAAAUUACGUGGAAAUUGCUGCCCUAGGUGUUGCAAGUUUGGUUGCUGGGUUCGCCUUGAUAAGUAUGGUGAAAAGACCCCUUUCAGAAUGGAAUGGCACAGAGAUCCUGAUCUCGAUCACGGAACUCGGCGCCGCUGUUCAUAUGGGGGCACAUUUGCCAACGGCCUCACUGAACCGGGACUACUUUGAUCGCUAUGGCAAACUUCUUCUGCUAUUCAUGGUUCUACAGGAGGUCAUGAAUGUAUUGUCCUUCUACAAAGAUGCUAAAUUGGAGAGCCAGAAACCACCGGGAUCUGCAUCACCUCCCACGGAACCGCAGUCACCGGUGAGCCAGUCAGGUGCUCUUGACUGGCCCGCGGAUAGAUCUUCGGAUAGGCCUUCGGACAGUGCAAUCUCGACCUCUCUGCCUCGCGUCAGCAGUCCACCUGUGCAUCGCUCUUUUGGAUCACAAUCAACCGCACCCGCACUUUCGUUCGGGGACACUGAGGCAGCUUCGAGUUUCUCAUCGGCGCUGCCUUCUGUGCCACAAUAUGGGCUUACUUCGUCUCAAACCGUCUCUUCAUUCCCAGCUGCCAACCAAAACGCGUUCCAGCAAAACAACAACAACCCACAUAGCUUCACGAUGGAAACUCUGAAGCAAAUAGACCCUGUGUCGGAUUACGAGCAGGAGUCCGACAGCGAGACUGUGGCUACUACAACCACUGCAGCCACGAACUUUACCAACCGCAACAUCCGUUACGGAACCAGCCCAGCUUUGGGGUCAGGGUCCAUGUUUUCUCCUCGACGCACCGGUCUUGGUUCGGGCAUGGGCGGGUUGAGUUUGGAUGAUGAACCAACUCCACGCCGCAUGACUCGCAGCCAGACUCAGCAUGGACUUCUUGGUCGACGCCCGGCCAACUAUGUCCGUUAG